AUGUCGUCGGGAUUUGUAUCUGCUGGUGUGGAGGGAGACGACUACGAGGUCAGCAAGCCCAAUGAUGAAUGGUCCAAGGUAAAACAGGAUCUCGAGGCGAGCCGCCAGAAGAGAACUACAGAGGGACAGCAAGAAGGUGGAAAGAGUCUCUAUGAAGUGUUGCAGCAGAACAAGGCUGCCAAACAGGAAGCGUUCGAGGAAUCUAUACGGCUAAAGAACCAGUUCCGAACUCUGGAUGAAGACGAGGUCGAGUUCCUCGAUUCGAUACUUGAGUCUACGCGUGCCAAGGAGGAGGCAUUGCGGAAGGAGACGAGUGAGAAGCUGGAGCUGUUUCACCGGCAACGUGAAGAGGCUGAGAAGGCUCUCUUGGAUGUAGAGAAUGGGAACACUGCUGAGCCUGCAGGAUCAGCGGAUGAGAGUGAUAACUGGGCCAUCUCUGCGCGGAAACGGCGGCGUGUCAAGGAUAGGGACGGUGGGCGUCUAGGGCUUAAACGACGGAAGUCUUCUACAACUGCUACAGAUAACAACAAGGAUGGCACAGCUGAAGCCCCUCAGCCUCCACCUAUCCAGAAGCUAGAGACGACCACUCCGCCAGAAACAAAGAAGAAGGCUGUAUCGAGCCUCGGUCUGGGUGCAUACAGCUCUGAUGAAGAUGAUUGA